CUGCAAGGGGUACCAGAGGACGAAAAGUUGCGCCUGGCAUACAUCAGCAUGGAAGGGAUCGCAGGACACUGGUUCCGGUUUUGGAAGGAGAAAGCCAGGAACCGAUCAUGGGCAGGAUUAAAAGAAGCGUUGGUGGUUCGGUUUGGAGGCAGAAAUCGAGGAACAGUCUUCGAGAGGCUGGCAUCCUGUAAACAAUCAGGAUCCGUGGGAGACUAUAUCCAAGAAUUCGAGGUGUUGGUGGGCCAAGCAGAAAAAAUACCCGAGGCACAGUUGAUGGGGUAUUUCAUGGCAGGACUACAGGAGGGGAUUCGUAACCAACUCAGGUUGCUUGACCCGAAGGAGUUCAUGGACGUCAUGAGACUAGCAAGGGACGUGGAGGCGUUCCAAGCUGGAGCAAGGGCAAGCGGGGGAAUCAUCAGCAAAGGACAAACGUGGGGAAAACCGAGCGGUUCAGUGGCAAGGGUGGAUCCUAGCCGCCACAAUCAGAACCGAACGGGUACCGUUGAGAAGGAAGGAGGCCCAAGGAGAGAAGGCGAACGUACGUUCUCUAACGCUCAAGGCAGGAACGUACGAGAUUUACCGUACGCUGAGUACGUCAAACGUAGGGAGGAAGGGAGGUGUUUCAGGUGUGGAGGACCGUUCGGUCCGGGGCAUCGCUGUCCAGAAAGGGGACUACGGAUGGUGAUAUUGGCAGAAGACGAGGAGCCAGGAGGGGAAGAAGAGGUGGAGGUUGAACUCGAACCAAUGGAGCUAUCUGCUUUCUCGGCAGGAGGGCUCACCCAGCCCAGAACGAUGAAGCUGCAUGGGCAGAUAGGGACGAAGCAGGUUCUGAUUCUGAUUGACAGUGGCGCCAGCCACAAUUCCAUAAGCAGGGAAUUGGUAGAAGAUCUGGCAUUACCCGUAGUAGAUACACCACCCUACAGGGUGAGUUUGGGGGAUGGACAGAGAAAGGAGACGAGGGGGUGCUGUGAGGCAGUAACGAUCCACAUGGGAGAGGUUGUGAUCAAUGAACGAUUUCACCUGUUCGAGUUGGGCGGAGUGGAUGUGAUACUCGGGGUAGAAUGGUUGGCCAAGCUGGGCGAGGUAACCUUAAAUUGGGGGCAGCUAACUAUGGCGUACAUUCAAGCAGGGCGCAAAAUGACAAUUAAAGGAGACCCAACUCUAACUCGGAGAUUGGUGGAACCUGCAGCGUUGCUUAAGAUGAAGGAAGUAGAGGUCUGGUUGCUAAUGUGGGAGCUUGGGGAGACAGAAAAGGAGGAGGAGCAAAGACCGUACGCUCAGGUAAAAGAAACGUUCGGUCCGGAGUUGACAAGGAAGCAGACGUUCGACAUGAUGCGAAUCUUGGAAGGGUACGCGAACGUAUUUCACGAGCCGAACGGACUACCGCCAGAUAGGGGAAUGGUUCAUCAAAUUCCCUUAAAAGAAGGUACGGACCCCGUGAAUGUAAGGCCGUACAGAUAUCCCCAUGUGAUGAAGGGGGAGAUUGAGAAACAGGUGGCGGAAAUGCUGAAAGCGGGCGUUAUAAGGUCGAGCAACAGUCCAUAUUCGAGCCCGGUGAUUUUGGUAAAGAAGAAGGAUGGCAGCUGGAGAUUUUGUGUGGACUACAAGGCCUUAAACCGAGCCACUAUACCUGAUAAAUUCCCUAUUCCAUUGAUAGAGGAGUUGUUAGACGAACUAAGGGGGGCCAAAUACUUUUCAAAGGUGGAUUUGAAGUCAGGCUAUCAUCAGAUACGAAUGGGAGCAGGCGACAUAGAGAAAACGGCUUUCCGGACACACCAGGGUCACUACGAAUUCAUGGUGAUGCCGUUCGGCCUAACCAACGCACCAGCCACUUUUCAGAGUGCCAUGAACAAACUGUUGCAGCCUUAUCUGCGGAAAUUCGUACUGGUAUUCUUUGAUGAUAUACUGGUGUAUAGCCGUACUUGGGAGGAGCACUUGGAGCAUGUGGGGACGGUGCUAAGGGAGCUCGUGGCACAUCGAUGGGUAGCCAACAUGAAGAAAUGUGAGUUCGGCCGAACUCAAAUAGGAUAUCUGGGCCACCGGAUAUCCGGGCCACCGGAUAUCCGAGAAGGGUGUAGAGAUGGACGAAGACAAGGUACGAGCCGUGCUGGAGUGGGAAAAACCGAAGACGGUAAAGGCUUUGAGGAGAUUUCUGGGACUGACGGGAUAUUACAGGAGGUUCGUGAAGGAUUAUGGAAAGAUUGCCAGACCCUUGACCGAUCUUCUUAA